AUGGAAUCGAAUCAUGCGAAGAACAGUCUUGACCGCACUUCUAAAGGCACUCGCGAUAUCAGUGAACUGAAGAAGUUGCCGUGGUAUACGCCGGAAAUAGGUAACAAGCUCAACGAAUCGAUGCAAACGUUGUUGGAAGAGUAUGGGAGUAUUCCACGAUACCUUCAAGAAGCACACAUUCAUCGGAUCCGUGACGCAGCAUUUGAAGCCCUACCGAUCGGAACAAUUGGCGAAUUCUGGUUCCUUGUCCUUGGACUCGCUGAGCAUCCCAUGUACGAUCGCAUCGUCAAGCGACUGGCACUUGGUGAUGACAAUCCCCAACCGACCUUGAUCGAUUUAGGGGCCUGUCUUGGUCAAGAUAUACGCAAGCUGAUAUACGACGGGGCAUCGCCUGAUCAGCUUCUAGGCGUGGACAAGUUCCCGCAAUUCUUAACUGUAGGCCACGAACUAUUUCAGGACCACACAGUCACCAAAUCAUGCUUCAGAACCGCAGAUAUCUUUGGCGAAGAGGAAGCCGGUAUCCUUCGCACGACCAGAGGCUCUUGGGAUAUCGUGACUUCCGCGCAGCUGCUGCAUGCAUUCGACUGGGCGAAGCAGAAGCAAGUCGUAAAUCUCAUGUUCCAAUUAGCACGUGGGAAAGGCAGCUGGAUAGCGGGUUUACUUACUGGUGGCCUGCAAGGUCAUUCAGUUCCUGUUCCACCUCCACUGGUUCCUGCCGGCGUACAUGUGGAACGUUACAUUCACUCAGCCGAGACACUGCGACAGCUCUUUCAAGAAGCAUCCGAUGAAGCGGGACUGUCUGUCAGCAUUGAUGUGCGAUAUCAAGAGGACCCUAAAAGCUUGUACACGAGUGAAAUCACAAAGGGUUUCUUUACUUCUCCAGAGGCGAGGCUUUUGUUUUAUUUUGUCGAGAUUUUUUGA